AUGAAUUUUGCGAGUAAAUUUAGGGGUGGCUCAAAUAUCAACAGCAGAUACCUUUCAAAAUCUAAGAGCUUUGAAUAUGGUCUUCCAGGAUUUCGACCUAAUUUGCGGAGGUCAAAAAUAAAUUGGUGUUCAGAACUGAGCUAUCUAAAGCACCCUGGAAAAGCUAUUGCUUUGGCCUCAUUUCCUGGAAGCGGCAACACAUGGUUAAGAUACUUGUUGCAACAAGCUACAGGAUACCACACAGGAUCGGUCUAUAAAGAUUAUGGCCUUUUAAAAAAUGGAUUUCCAGCCGAGAGUGUAUAUAACAGUUCCGUAUUGGUAGUUAAAACACAUGAGUGGGGACCAUCCGCCAGAAGUCAGUUUUCCAAGGCCAUUUUGCUGGUCAGAACUCCAGCUUCUGCUAUUCAAGCGGAAUUUAAUAGACAGAGCGGCGGACAUAUUGGUUUCGCUGCUCCGGAUAGAUACAAAAGGAUGAGGGGACGAUAUUGGCAACAAUUUGUAACCGAAAAACUACGUGGAUGGCAAACCAUGAAUCUGGAUUGGCUGUAUAACUUCACAGGGCCUACUCACGUAAUCUUCUAUGAGCAAUUGGUAGAUAACGUGGAGCAUACCUUACGAUCUGUCAUAGAAUUUAUAGAUAUUCCCUUAAAUAAAGAACUAUUCGAUUGUGCCAUCGAGAGGAAGGAAGGAAUAUACAGAAGGAAAAAGAGAGUUUUAACUUUUGACCCAUACACCGAAAAAAUGAAGAGUAUGAUUAAAGAUGUACAGAAAAAAGUUUUUGAUGCAAUUUAUAAUUUCGCAGCUCCCGCUGAUUCUAGGUGAUCAAAGAAGAUUGUUAAGGUUUGUACGAAGUUAGGAUGAGUGUGCGAAUUAUUGGUAUUUUAUAGGAAAAAGCGCCAUUUCAACAUACUGAGCACAUUAAAAUAAGAUCAGUGACUGGUCUGUAGUUCUGUAGUUAGUUCAAAAAAUAUUUUCUGUUUUUUUCUAACAAUAUUUUUGUUAAACAAUGCAUUUAAUUAUGUAUAAUAUACAGGGUGUUAGUAAGUAAGUAUGAAAAACUUU